GCGGGCUCGAGCCUUCCCAGCGGCCCCUCGUGCCUGUCAACGGUCAGGCAGUGAAGAUGGCGGCCCCGGCGACCGGCGGGGCGGCACAGGGCCGCGGCGCCCCCAGCUUCCAGCGGAAGGUGCCGGCCGGCAGCAGCCGCCUGGCCGCCAUCGCGGGCACGCGGCCUGCUGCCCGCCACGGGCAGCUGCUGCUCUCCAGCGGGCUCCCCUCCCUGGACUGUGUGCUAGGUGGAGGCUUAGCUGUUGGAACCCUUCUCCUUAUUGAGGAAGAUAAAUAUGGUGUUUACUCCAAUUUGUUGUUCAAGUAUUUUCUCGCAGAGGGAGUUGUCUGUGGACAUGACUUGUUUGUUGCUUCUGCUAAAGAGCUUCCUACCAACAUCUUAAAGGAACUUCCAGCCCCUUUGCUUGAUGAUAACUACAGAAAUGAACUGGGAGAAGCAACAGCUGUUAAGUCUGAAGAUUUUCAAGAUUUUAUGAAAAUAGCCUGGCGCUACCAAAAUUUACCAAAAGUGGAGGUCAGCCCAACAUCAUCUGCAAGGUUUGGCCAUUAUUAUGAUGUUUCUAAAACAAUGUCUUCAGAACUGCUUCAGUCCAUAAAAUGUCACAGUUUUUUCCUUCCUGAAGAAUUAUCUUUGCAGCCCACAAUAAAAAUGUGUAAUAUGAACUGUGGUUAUGCAAGGCUGCUUCAGUCCAUUCAGAAGAUCAUUUAUCAGGAAGGAUUUGAUGGCUCUCAUCCCCAGAAAAAACAAAAAAAUGUUUUGCGGAUAGGAAUUCAGAGUCUGGGUGCCAUGUUGUGGGGUGAUGACAUUUGUAGCACUGAUAAUCCCGAAGACACUCAUAGCCUUACGAAAUUUCUCUAUGUUCUCCGUGGCCUCCUCAGAAAAUCUUUGUCAGCCUGCAUCAUCACAGUGCCCGCUCAUCUCAUCCAGAAUAAAGCAAUUAUGGAACGUGUAACAAACUUGUCAGAUGUGGUAGUUGGUCUUGAAUCAUUUAUUGGCUCUGAGAGAGAAACCAAUCCAUUAUACAAGGAUUACCACGGUUUGAUUCACGUACAUCAGAUUCCUCGGCUUAAUAGCUUGAUCUGUGAUGUGUCAGACACGAAGGACCUUGCUUUUAGAUUAAAAAGGAAGCUGUUCACCAUUGAGCGGCUGCAUUUGCCUCCAGACUUGUCAGACACAGUGAGCCGCUCAAGCAAACAGGAUCUGGCAGAAUCCGCCAAACUGCUGAGCUCAGGAUGUGGUGCGAUGGCCAUCGGCAAGAAGCACCUGGACUUCUAGUGAUUUCUACUUAGCAGUUUCACUCAGAUUUAUAUGACACUCUAAUUAUGAGUGUUAAUGACUUAUAUAAAUAUUUUUCUUAAUGAUUUGACCCAGCAGUCCUUAAAAAUACAGAUUAUCAUAUGGCGCCUCAUUUUUCUGUUCUGAUUUCUUUGUACUAAUUUUUGGCUUGUUUGGGUUUUGCUUUUUGUUAAUGCUUCUGUUAUACAUUGGGUCCUGCCAUUGUUCUGCUCUGUUGGAAAUGUACAGAAUUUUGUUCUUUUCCUUAAAAUAUGAAAAAUACUUUUAUUUUUUCAUUUCUAGGUGUUCUGUAAACUACAACUGAAGGGAUGUUUUUCCCAACAGAAUUUUUAUAUACUUAUAUUUAAUGUUUUGUAUGAAUAAUAAGUUAAGUUAGACUGUUUAUUGAAAUAAAUGAAUGAAACUAAGGAAUUCAUUGUCACAUGUUAUUGCAAAAGCAAACUGCACAAUGACGGUUUUUAAAAGCGUUCUUUUUUGUAUUUGAAAUAUCGUUAUUAAAUUUCAGAAAUCAUUUGCAUUGUUUUAUAAAGUAUCUAAUAAUAAUUUAAAGAUGUUUAAGAUAUUUUUAUUCUAAUAUGCCAGUAAUUAAGAAAGGUUGGGUUUUAGUCAGAAGGUAUUGUAGGUAAUUAGUUUGCCUUAUGGGUUAAUUCAUGUAUUAAAUCGCAGUUGAAUGGAAUUUACUAAACAUAGAAAAAAGAAUUGAUUUCUUUAUGUAGUUCAAAACAGUAAUCCUAAACAAUUGAAAUCAGCACUAUGAAAUUAUGUCAACAGACCUAAUUCGAGACUGAAAUUCAAACCGACAGCUACACUCAUGCUGGAAAACCAGAAGAGCGCAUUGGAGCUUGGGGAAGGGUAUCACAGCAUGCUGGUCUAAAACGGCAGAAAAUAAAACUAAUCCAGGGUUCUGUACCAGCAUAUAUGCUGUUUGCAAGCUUAUGGCUCUUUUAUAUGUAUCUGUGCAUAUAUCUCAUCAAAUAAAAACUGUUAACUAUUCUUUAAACGUGGUUGGAUGCUUGGCAAUGCUGACCUGUGAAUUAAAGUGUUUUAUAUGA